CGAUAACGCCCGCCACAGCAGCGAGCAGCCAACCCACCUCUCGACUUUUUCGCAACCCCAAUUCCACCACCCCGAAUUACUUUUUCCGAUCUGGUCACAUUGUCUCUUUUUGUCAACAGGCAAUCUCUCGAUUUUUCGGUACGGGGAAGGAUAUUACGACAAGAUGCCCAAGUCAAAGAGAGCAAAGGUCUACCACCUGACCCAGGUGUCCAAGAAGACGCGCGAGAACAAGGACAAGCUGUUUGCCAACAUUCGGGACGCGAUCCCCGAGUUUCAGUACUGCUGGGUGUUUAGCGUGGACAACAUGAGGAAUAAUUACUUGAAGGAUGUGAGGAGGGAGUUGAGUGAUUCUCGACUCUUCUUUGGCAAGACUAAGCUCACCCUCCGCGCGCUCGGCUCCACGCCCGAAGAAGCCCAAGCUGACGGGAUUCAUCUUCUCGCACCGUAUCUUACUGGGUCAGUCGGUUUGAUUUUUACCAAUCGUACCCCUGAAGAGAUCAAGUCUUAUUUUGAGAGCUUGACCCAAGUCGAUUUCGCGCGGGCGGGGAGCGUGGCGACGAGGGAUUUUGUGAUUCCGAAGGGGUUGGUGUAUUCCACUGGGGGGGAGGUGCCCAAGGAGCAUGACGUCCCUGUCGCGCACACGCUCGAGCCGGAGCUGAGGCGGUUGGGGGUGCCGUGCCGGAUGGUGAAGGGGAAGGUUUGCUUGGGCGUUGAUGAAGAGGGGAAUGGGUUUCAGGAGGAGGGGUAUACUGUCUGUAAAGAGGGGGAGGUGCUGGAUAGUCGGCAGACGAGGUUGUUGAAGCUGUUUAGUGUUUGUUUGGCGGAGUUCAAGGUUGAGCUGUUGGCGGUUUGGAAGGCGGCUGGGGGGGAGGUGGAGGUUAUGGAGGGGGCGAGGGAGUAUAUUGAGAGGAAGAGGGAGGAGGCGAAGAGUGCGGGGAAGAAGAAGAAGGGUUCUUCGGGUGCUGGGGAUGUUGUGAUGGGGGGUGAGGAUGAUGAGGAGGAGGAGGAGGAUAGCGAGUAA